CGAAAAAACCCAGGGCGAACUGAGUUGGGGAAAUUUCGGUCCACGCGAGUUCUAGAUCACGAAGAUCGACCCAUGGAGCCAGACUAUGAUGUACUGCGGGCCGUAGAAGACGUCACGAAGCGCACAGCCGGAACUCUGCUCGUUUUCUUGCCGGGAGCCUGGUAUAAGAGCCGUGGGCUGCACAUGGACGAAACAAAGCAAACCGCAAAAAUCAGCGCAGGGCGCUGCGUCGAAAAAGUGAAAGUUGGGUGGAGUGACACGGUGUGCGCGCCUGCUGGGGUAAAGACGGAACCGGAAGCAGCAGCGUUGGUUGAUCGGUGGCUUCCCAUUGGUUUAGCGGAGAGAGAGGUUGGGCCCGUAUUGUUUCCUCCGGACCAAGCAAGGCAAAAAUCGGCAG